AUGGCCCGAGGUGCCCGCCUGGCACUGAAACCCUCCCUGGCAGCCUCUGGGUUUUGGCAGCGAUUUCUGAAUCUGGGGGCUGCUGCCUGCUGUCAGCUGAGCGGCGGCGGUGUGGGGUUGGAAGACCAUUUGUGUGUAGCAGAGCGCAUUUCUCUCAGAACGCCGAGUAAAACUCUCUCCUUUGCCUGGACAGAGCUGGGGUGGACGGAGUCCGUGCCCUAUCUUGAUAGGACUCCGUCCCCGCUGGAGUUUUAUCGAGAAUGGGUGAGUCCGAAUAAACCUUGUAUAAUUCGGAAUGCCAUCAGCCACUGGCCGGCUCUGAAGAAAUGGACGUCAGCGUACCUCAGGGAGGUAGUAGGUCCCAAGAUAGUGAGUGUGGCAGUAACACCAAAUGGUUAUGCAGAUGCGGUGUUUCAGGACCGUUUUGUCAUGCCAGAGGAGCGCCAAAUGCCUUUCAUGGACUUUUUGGACAUUGUGGAGAAGAAAGUGACCUCUCCCAACGUAUUCUAUGUGCAGAAGCAGUGUUCAAACCUCACCGAGGAGUUCCCUGAACUUGUCUGUGAUGUGCAGCCUGACAUACCGUGGAUGAGUGAGGCACUUGGGAAAAAGCCCGAUGCUGUCAAUUUCUGGCUUGGGGAAUCGGCUGCGGUGACAUCUUUACAUAAAGAUCAUUAUGAGAACUUAUACUGUGUGAUAUCCGGAGAGAAACAUUUCCUACUGCAUCCACCGAGUGACCGUCCUUUCAUCCCAUAUGAGCUCUAUCAGCCAGCAACCUACCAGGUGUCAGAAGAUGGCUCAUUUGAAAUUGUGGAUGAGAAGAGUGAAGAUAAGGUGCCCUGGAUUCCCCUGGACCCAUUGAACCCGAAUCUGGAACGAUAUCCAGAGUAUGCUCAGGCAAAACCUUUGCAGUGUACAGUGAAAGCUGGUGAGAUGUUAUACCUGCCUUCUCUCUGGUUCCAUCAUGUUCAGCAGUCACAUGGCUGUAUAGCAGUAAAUUAUUGGUAUGACAUGGAAUAUGACCUUAAGUACAGCUAUUAUCAACUACUAGAUUGUCUCACAAAAGCCGUGGAGGUGUUAUAGCAGAGGUGGGAAACUUGAGCUUGUGAUCUCUUUGUGAUGCGAUAUAAUCAUCAGCGUCUGUGACUGGAGUACAAACAUCAUUAAAGUGAAAAGAACCGAAGAUUAAAUUAUCCUCAAUGAUGUCCGUCAAACAGAUCAUGGCUAUUUUGCUUGAUUUCAGAGUCCAGAUCAGUUGGUCAGGUUCUUUGGCUUGUAAGUAGAAGGUUUGAUAAUGGCAUUCUCAGGCCUUUGCAUGUUGCCUCAGUGAUAGUGAGCAAGAUAAAAUUUGAAGGGA